UUUCUGUGGCUGGCAGAACCUCAAACCGAGGGGAGAGCUGUAUGAAGUAGGGUGCCGGUUGUCUGCCACUGGGGAGGCGAAGGGGAGGUGGAGAAAAACGUGCAAACUGUUGGUGAGGGUCUCAGCGAGGCCUCUCCGGGCCGUGGGCAGCAGCCUCCCCACGCCGGCUCGCUCCGCAGCCCCGACCCCCAGCUGUCCCGGUGGGGGAGUGCGGGGGGGCGGGCAGGCUUGUGACAGCUGAAGGGUGUGCAGGGGAGGGGACGGGGGUCCAGGCGGCGCGGGUCACACGCUGGUGGCGGGUGCCCGCCGCCCCUCCCCCGGGCUCCGCACUAUUUUGGGUGGUGUAGACCCCGCCCCCACCCCCGCCGCGCCCCGGCUCGGCGGCAGCUGGAGGGGUCCCGCCGCGCCUGUCGGGGCCGCAGCUCGGACCGGGGCCGCCGGCGCGUCUGCAGUCAUGUCGGGCCGCUCCGUGCCACAUGCCCACCCGGCCACCGCCGAGUACGAGUUUGCCAACCCGAGCCGCCUGGGCGAGCAGCGCUUCGGGGAAGGCCUCCUGCCAGAAGAGAUCCUGACCCCCACCCUCUACCACGGCUACUAUGUCCGGCCCCGGGCCGCGCCAGCUGGGGAGGGCAGCCGGGCAGGGGCCUCCGAGCUUCGGCUCAGCGAGGGCAAGUUCCAGGCGUUUCUGGACGUGAGCCACUUUACCCCAGAUGAGGUGACCGUGAGGACUGUGGACAACCUCCUGGAGGUGUCCGCCCGGCACCCGCAGCGCCUGGACCGCCACGGCUUCGUGUCGCGCGAGUUCUGCCGCACCUACGUCCUGCCGGCCGACGUGGACCCCUGGCGGGUGCGCGCCGCGCUCUCCCACGACGGCAUCCUCAACCUGGAGGCGCCUCGGGGCGGCCGACAUUUGGACACAGAGGUCAACGAGGUCUACAUCUCCCUGCUCCCAGCGCCCCCUGAUCCUGAGGAAGAGGAGGAGGCCGUCGGUGUGGAGCCCUGAGAGCCACAGACCCAGCACCCACUGAACCCCUUUCUAGCUCCCGGCCCGUGAUACAAGCAGCUGCCCAGCACCCCGGAGGUAGCCGCAUCCUUGGGGGAAGGGAAACGUGCAUGGUCACAAAGUAUGGUUUGGUCCCUUGGGACGUGUCAUAGCAUUAUUUUUGUGUUUUGUGGUUUUUUUUCGUUUAGUUUUGGGUGGAGCUGAAUAAACCCAAAUCUCAGGGC